UUUUCGAAAUCCCGUGGCGAUUGCACGCGUUUGCCCCUGUUCGCUUGGGUUGAAAAUUUUCCCUGCCUGUAAACCGCGCUUUUCGUAAGUAUGGGGUUAAAAGUGUUGGGCGUAUUUUUAGAAUUUCCACCCGAUCGCGAACCUAAAGAAAAGCAAAGAAAGACGAUUGUUUUGAUGCGGUCUAGUGAGUUUUAUUAGCGGGCUGUGCUGAGCUGCGUCCGAAUCGAAGUCAAUCAUUAGUACUUGAGCCACGGUGUGGUUAGCGUUUUUUCUCCGAAGCACACGCAGUCAAACCUUUAAUCAACAAUGGGUGUCCCAGCUGGUGAUGUUGAGAAGGGCAAGAAGCUGUUCGUUCAGCGAUGCGCCCAGUGCCACACUGUCGAGGCUGGCGGUAAGCACAAGGUUGGCCCGAACCUGCACGGUCUGUUCGGUCGCAAGACUGGCCAGGCGGCCGGUUUCAGCUACACCGAUGCCAACAAGGCCAAGGGAAUCACCUGGAACGAGGACACGCUGUUCGAGUAUCUGGAAAACCCGAAGAAGUACAUCCCCGGCACGAAGAUGGUGUUCGCCGGUCUGAAGAAGCCCCAGGAGCGUGGCGAUCUGAUCGCCUACCUGAAGUCCGCUACCAAGUAAAUGGGUAGCGUCCGGGGGUUUACUGUAAGACGGGUAUCUGUGUCCUAGAUUCAGCCAAAACCACUGCUACAGAUAGACAGCAAGACAGAGAUACAGACACACACACAGCAGCUCCUACAGCGAAUGCCUGUAAAAUCGCUAAAUCGAAUGUUUGGCCAUCAGAACCGCAACAGAUAGACAGAGAAAGAUAGAGUAACAUGCAUGCUCGAAGCGUCACAGCAGCAUCCUUCGGCAUAACUCCCCCCAACACGAUUAGGACAAUGUCUAUGUAAAUCUAUUUAAUUUAAUUUAUGCUAGAAUUAAAAUAGUCUGACAAAUUCGUUUUAAUCGAUCGCCGGGUAACUACUGUGUAUUCGAGUGAGCGACAGGACGAUUGUGCUAUCGGUUGGACGCGCUUCGAUCGGAACAGUGCGGAAAGGAAAUCCAAACCCCAUUUUUGGUUUGUGGGUUAUCGGUGCGUGUGGAUGGUGCGGUUCAUUUCUAUGUGGAUCCGUUUUAGUUCAAUGCAGAAAUCGAACGUGUAGUAUUAUCACUAUCAAAGAGGAAUGUCUUUAACCCAACGGCUAAGGUGUGACGCUGAAUAAAAAACACGGAAACCAA